UCGAAAUUGAGGGGAGCGGUCUAUUCACGUCGCGAACAUAAAGUGCAUUGCGGUUUAAACGGAGAUACUAUUACGUUGAGGCAGCGCAUACGUAAAUAUCAUUUGAAACUGACGUUAAGAAAAUAUUUGGCAAAUGAGUUGUUUUUCAAAUGCGCAAUUUUGGAUUGGGGUUUGGUCGCGUUGCUCGCGUCCUUAGACGGCUCAUACAUAACCUACUAACUCUAUUGAAUGUUCAGGUAAUGCGAUAUAGUCUAUAUAUUUGUUCGUGAUAUUCGAUCCGCUGGCCGCUCCCUGCUCCGCGCCCCUCGGGAGUGUUCCCCGUCGGAGCCGCCCGCGGCUAACGCCCGAGCUAGCCUCCGCCUUCGCUGGUAGUCAUCCAUCCGUUCGCUCACUCACCCUGCAGGCUGCUCACGCUGCUGAUGUGCUGCAGAGGCUGGUGGUGGGCGGCCGAGGCGCCGUUGUUACUGCUAGCCGCGGACGUCUUGUUUGGACCGGGGCUCGCCAUUGUUGUGUGCUUAAAUUCCAUCAGCGGCGCCGGCUGGCUGUCGGGAGACGCUUCUCCUGCUCGGCCCGCGAUCAAUAAUGCCCACUCAGCAGCACCAUGCAGGCCCCGGGAGGUUGUUGGUGGGUGAGGAGGCGGCUAUAAGUGGAGAGGUUGUGGUUUAGAAUCAGCUUGUGUGGCAGACUACCUGUGAAGGUGGCGCUUACUCACAACAUCAGCGAGGCUAUACGCGAGGAAGCUAGCAGCGAUCAGCUGACCAAGUGACAUGACACUGACAUCGCUCUCUCGGGUUUUCUUUUGCUUUACACCUACAUUUUUUUCCCCCAAGUGCCUUGUUCAUUUGUUUAUUUAUUGACACUAGCUUGUAUUAUUUCUUUUGACACUGGCGUAUUUUUUAAAUUAUGUUUUACACUUUUAACACAUUUUGUUUUUCACGUUUCACGUUGCUUUUUUUUUGUACGCGUAAAGUUUAAUUUUGUUUUUGAUUCUUGAUUUGACACUUGUCAUGACAGUAUACCAACCCACACUUCAGCUUAAACAAACCCGGAAGUGAGGCUAAAGAAACAACAACAUUGCAAUUGUUUCAAACUAAGGUAGUUUUCUUUUUUUAACAGUGGCAUCUUUUUUACUCUCUCUUUUUUUUUACAUUUAGGUAUUUUUCGUUCAGAUUUUUAAAAAUAAUUCGUAAGAUUACUUUUUUACGUUUUUAUUUCGGACAGGUUUUUAAUUGACGUGUGACAUGUCUACGACCACACACACACACACACGCUGAAAGAAACCCGGAAGUGAGGCUAAAAAUAAACCACUUUCGACCCAGGACUCGCUCCACUUUUGGCAAACUUAACUCUAGUCGGGUUCAUGUGAUUUAAAAAAAAUAACUCACGUUUGCUUUAACGCUUAUUUUGUGUGCGUAUUAAUUCCACCAUCACGAAGUAGUGUCCCCCCCCCCAAACAUGAUGUAUAAAUCUAAAAUUACGUAAUUGCCGUGAUUGUUUAAACUAACUUUAUUGGUGCAAAGUCCAGUAUUGCACAAAUUCGGCGCCAGUAGAGUUGGGUGGUCUUGAUCAUGAAACAAACGAAUAUGGACUGCAAUGAAAAGGCAAAUUACAGACAGAUCCCAACGAGGGACUCGGCGGAGACGCUUGAAAAGGGCUUUCUGGACGUCCCGGGUGGGCGGCCAGAGGCGAGCGUGGCACUCCAAGUCAGCGCGUACACGGCGACCACUGCGAUGCUUGUUGUUUGGCGAGCGUGCAAUGGGAUGAUGUCUUUAUUCUUUGGCUUGGCGACAUACGUUCAGAUCAACGACCCGGACGCAGCCUUGUGGAUGUUCGGUUAUGGCGUUCCUGCAAUCCUCUGUGCGCUCAUUGGCUUCAAACCUCAUGUGACAGAGACGUUGCCAUGGAGACGUGUGGCCGACUUUCACAUGAUGCUGUGUACUGGGAUGCUCCUGAUCAUCGGAUGGAAGCUAUACGGACAAAACAUGACAGGCGUCUUCCAAGAAGAGGAGGCCCGAGAGUUUGGUGGCGUGGUGUUGACAAUUUUGUGGCUUCUCCUGUGUCGUCACUCCGGAAGGUCGGCGGUGGGCAAACUCAGAGUGUCAGCUGCCAUCCUCGUCACCCUCUUUCCGUUUGUCUGCUGGUUUUACUUCCACGUCCAUGAGGAGCUGCGCGCCAACUGGCCAUCGCACUGCAAAACUGCACUUUAACAGCAACAAAAGGACAUUGUGUUUGCUGUAUGACUGGAAAUGAUGGACCAAUAACAGUGUUUCAUGACGCAAGAUGUGUUGUUUUGUCCUGUAGUUGUAAUUCAUGUAUAAUUCAACAUUUUUGAAUUCUAUAAAAUCAGUGGGAAUUAACGAAAUGCAAAUUAUUUGUUACUGUACUGGAAGAUGAUUCUGAAGUGUCCAGUGGUUUUAUUUUAUUUUCAGUAUGGGCACUACGAAAGUUAAUAAGAGGGAAACUAUUAUUUGUGCCUAUUUUUUUCCCUGCUGUUAUCACAAUUCUAUAAAUCUUUUUGUAAAAAAUUUUUUUUUUCAAAAAAUCCAUUUGUACUUCAGUGGAUUUAACUUUCCAAUCCACUUAUUUUUAACUUUCAAUAAAGAAAGUUGAA